ACCCGAUUCGGAAGGCCGCCGUUUCCGGAUGCAGCGACAGCAUGUUGAACAUUACAAACAUAUAGGUCCUGGGCCUGUCCAUAGUUGUCUGGGUGCCGGUGGCUCCACCAAUGCCAGGCGGCAGAGAGGCGUAGCUGCCUGAUUCCGCCAUUUAGCGUCUUUGCCGUUUGCUCCUUUGUAGAGGCGGACGACAGGCAAGUGGGCUGCACCGGAAACAGGUGCAACUCUACUUGCCAGCUCGGACAAUUAGAAAUCCUUGUAGAUUUGCGCGUAAGGCGGUCUUUAUAUACGCCGUUUCUGGCUUUGUGCUCUCUCACCUGUGUCUUUUGCUUGCUCUUGUACAGUGGUUUACGUUGAUUUUACAUUCACUGCUGUCUCACCCCAGCAUCUGCCUGCCCCUCCAAUGGCUGCCCAGGUGCCGAGAACUGCCGCCGACAUCCAGCCGCCGCUCGGCACGGCCCCGUAUGACCAUGCCCACCACGUCAAGUACCAGGAUGGCGAACUCGUCUGGGCCGCGCAGGGCGGCGACAUUGAACAGCCCCAGGGCCGCGUCAAGCGCGACGACAUUGUCGCCGUCCUGAAAGCGCCCGAGGGCACGCCCGGUUACUUGGUUUACAGCCUGGCCGAGGCACCCGAGGGCGAGCAGCCCUUCAAGCUCUCUGUCUUGCUGGCGCCGCAGCUGCCGGAGGAGCCGCUAGCCGAAUUCCUCCUGGCCGACAUGCCGGCCCACUUCGCCGUGCAGGCCAGCCACCUGCUGCACGUCAUCGUGUCGACGCGCUCGGGCACCGGCCAGGCCACCGCCUUCUUUGACCAUGUCCUGCGCCCGCUGCUGGCCGCCCUCGGACUCGAGGCCCACACCGAGCCCGAUCUCCCCGCCAUGCCCGGCUCGUACCGCGUCACGGCGACUCAGAGCCCGCACACCGUCCGAGACUUUGCGCGCAGCCUUGGGGUCGUCGGAACAAGCGGCGCGACGUCGCUGUCCGGCAACGGCAGCAAUGUCCCUUCAGCGCCCACCAUUCUUCUCCUGAGCGGCGACGGCGGCGUCAUCGACCUGCUCAACGGCGUCGGCGGCAGCAGCAGCAGCGCCGCGCCGCCCACGGUGGCGCUGCUGCCUCUCGGGACGGGCAACGCGCUGUUCCACUCUCUGCACAAGCCACUGUACUCGGCGGCGGAGGCUACCGGCGCCUCCGGCCAGUCGCCCCUGGUCCUCGGCCUGCGCACGCUGCUCCGCGGCGCCUCGGCACCCCUCCCCACCUUCCGCGCCUCCUUCUCCCCGGGAUCGCGCCUCGUCGCCGCGCCCGAGGGCAUCAAAGCGGCCGUUGUUGCCGAGGACGGCGACGGCGACGCACAUGCCAGCGGCGACGAGCAUGACCAUCCGCCCAUCGACCACCUCGUCGGCGCCAUCGUGGCCAGCUACGGCUUCCACGCCAGCCUCGUGUGGGUCAGCGACACGCCGGCGUACCGCGCCCACGGCGCCAAGCGCUUCGGCAUGGCGGCGGCCGAGCUGCUGAAGGAGGCACACGCGUACGCGGCGACGGUGGCGGUGCGCCGGCCUGGCAGCACGGAGGAGGAAUUGCUGCUCGCGCCAGACAGCCCCAAAAAACCCCGCGCCGAGUUCACCUACGUGCUCGCAACCCUCGUCUCGAGCCUGGAGCGCGCCUUCACCAUCUCGCCCGCCAGCCGCCCGCUCGACGGCCAGCUGCGCCUCGUGCACUUUGGCGCCGCCGACGGCGAGCGCACCAUGGACGUCAUGCGCGCGGCGUACCGCGGCGGCGAGCACGUUGGGAUGUGCUGGACGACGCAGACACAGAGUGAUGGCGGGAAAGAUGUCGAGGACGGCGUCGGCUACGACGCCGUCGACGAGGUCCGCGUCACCGUCCACGAGCCCGACCCCCGCUGGCGCAAGGUGUGCAUCGACGGGACUAUUGUCGAGCUCGAGGACGGCGGCUGGAUGGCUGUCGCCCGCAGCGCUGAGCAGCGCCUGCGCGUCCUGGUCGACCCGUCGGUGCUGUGACACGGCGUGUCUCUCUCUGGUUGGAUGGCGGGCUGGCGAGGGUCUUUGUUGUUCAGGUAGAGCGGGUGUUGUUGGGAUGCGUGGUCUUGUGUUGCUGGGUGGGUGGGUGGGU